AUGGCAUGUAAUUCCCUACUUCCCCCUGUUGCAAGAAGGUUAGAAGGCAAGGUGGCAUUGAUCACUGGAGCUGCUAGCGGCAUUGGUGAAUGCAUUACAAGACUCUUUUGCAAGCACGGGGCUAAAGUUAUCAUUGCUGACAUUCAAGAUGAAGUUGGCCAAUCUGUAUGCAAAGAUCUUGGUCAUGCAGUUGCAUCCUUCGUGCAUUGCGAUGUAGCCAAAGAAUCUGAUAUCGAAACUGCAGUUAACACCGCAAUUUCCUUGCAUGGAAAGCUUGAUAUAAUGGUAAACAAUGCUGCUAUUAUCGACGAUGCCAAACCAAGCAUUAUAGACAAUAAUCUAGCCGAUUUUGAGCGUGUCAUUAGUAUUAAUUUGACAGGCGUUUUCUUGGGAAUUAAACACGCUGCUCGAGUAAUGAUUCCUGCAGGAAAAGGCAGCAUAAUUUCACUGGGUAGCGUUUCUUCUAGUGUUGGUGGAGUUACUUCUCAUGCCUACACAAGUUCAAAGCACGCCAUCAUAGGACUCACCAAGAACGUGGCAGCAGAGCUUGGGCGGUUUGGGAUUCGAGUGAACUGCUUAUCACCUUACUUCAUUGCAACACUGUUGGCUAAUAAUUUCUUCAAGCCAGAUGGAGAUGAAAAUUUUCAUGUUUAUUCCAAUUUGAAAGGGGUUGUUCUUCAACAAGAAGAUGUGGCUGAAGCUGCGCUGUACCUGGGUAGUGACGACUCAAAGUAUGUGAGUGGUCACAAUCUUGCAGUGGAUGGAGGGUUUACCACUAUCAAUCCAGCUUUCGGCUUGUUUGCGGCAUCACUGUAG